AAGGUGGGGUCUCUCCUACAAACUAGCCUACUACUACUACUACGCUUCCGGCUUCCCCCAAAUUUCAAAACAAAACCCUCUCGGAAUCUUUCUCAAAUGGACCCACGGCGACCACCGCGCACCGUCAGCGACCCGAAGGUCCGCCAAGUCGGGUUCUUCGCCGCCCCGGAGCCCAUCGCCUCCUCCCCUCCCGUCUCCGACAUUUCCCCCUCCGGCAACUCCCUCUCUCCCGUCAUGAUCCCCCCGCCACGUCACUCCUCCGACGCCGCCCGUCCCGUUCUCUUCUCUCCCGUCCCCCCCUCCGACCUCUUCCCCGCCUCCUCCUCUUCCUACGCCGACGCCGACGCCGAGUUCGCUUUCUCCCCCGGCCGGCCGCUCCGGUCCAACUCGGUUCGCCCCGCUGCGGCCGUGACGACGUCGUCUUCGCUGCCCGGUAGAGGCUUCGAUUUGACGGCCGCCGUGACGGCCAGUAGCGUCCCCGCCACUGGCUUGAUGAAGAUUCCUUCUGGAUUUUCUGUGAAAAAUGCAGAGAAAGCUAGAAAUGCAUCAGUGGAAGUGGAGAAUGAGCAAGGUUCGAAUUCGAAGCCACUGAAGGAGAAGACCACCAAAGCCGAAAGGCGAGCGAUUCAGGAGGCUCAGCGAGCAGCAAAGGCUGCUGCAAAAGGUGAAGGAAAGGCAGCUUCUGUUGUAAGUGCUGCUGCUUCGGCUUCGGUGAAUGUGAAACCACAUAAGGCCACAAAAGCGCCGACUGUGGCGCCUUCUGAGAAGAAGGGUGGUGGUGGUGAACGUCCGGUGGAGAAAGAAAGGAAGAAAGAGGUCCCUCCUCCACGGAUGCAGUAUGAUGAUACGAGUCGUGUGGAGAAGGCGAAAAGGCGUUCGGUGGUUAAGCAAACUGAGGCGAGGAACAGGGUUGAGCUGUUUAGGCAUUUGCCUCAAUACGAGCAUGGAACUCAGCUUCCUGAUCUCGAAUCUAGGUUUUUCCAACUUGACCCUGUGCAUCCUGCAGUUUAUAAGGUUGGGUUACAGUAUUUAACCGGAGAUAUAUCUGGUGGUAAUGCUCGGUGCAUUGCCAUGCUUCAAGCUUUUCAGGAGGCCAUUAAAGACUAUUCGACACCACCUGAGAAAAACCUUAGUAGGGAUUUGACAGCAAAAAUGAGUAGUUAUGUAUCAUUUUUAAUUGAGUGCAGGCCCCUUUCAAUCAGCAUGGGCAAUGCAAUUAGGUUUCUAAAAAGUCGAAUUGCCAAGCUACCUUUGACUCUGUCGGAGUCAGAAGCAAAAGCAUCUCUUCAGUCAGAUAUUGAACAGUUCAUAACUGAGAAGAUCAUACUUGCAGAUAAGGUGAUAGUCGGGCAUGCAGUUACAAAAAUCAGGGAUGGUGAUGUUCUUCUAACGUAUGGAUCGUCCACUGCAGUUGAAAUGUUACUAUUACAUGCCCAUGAGCUUGGCAAACAAUUUCGCGUAGUGGUUGUAGACUCUCGACCAAAGCUUGAAGGGCAACGUUUACUUCGUAGGUUGGUAGGAAAGGGGAUUAGCUGUACUUACACUCAUAUAAAUGCUACUUCCUACAUCAUGCAUGAAGUUACUCGAGUUUUUCUAGGUGCUUCUUCAGUUCUGUCUAAUGGAGCAGUUUACUCGAGGGUUGGGACUGCUUCUGUUGCUAUGGUAGCUCAUGCUUUCCGUGUUCCAGUAUUAGUAUGUUGUGAGGCAUAUAAGUUUCAUGAAAGGGUACAGCUUGAUUCAAUUUGCUCGAAUGAGCUCGGUGAUCCAGAUGUGAUUUCAAAGGUUCCUGGUAUGGAGGAAAUCAAUUGUUUGAAUAAUCAAGCUAAUUGUGGAAAUCUUCAACUUCUAAAUCUGAUUUAUGACGCACUGCCUUCAGAUUAUGUUUCAAUGAUCAUCACAGAUUAUGGCAUGGUUCCACCUACAAGCGUACCUGUCAUUGUCCGGGAAUACCGAAGAGAGCAGUUAUGGAUGUAAUCCGUUCAGGUGCUUCGAUUGAAUAUGAUCAUAAUUCAUGAAGUCCUCCAGAAUUUGUAGGCAUGCCGAAAGUAGCGAGUCAGUGUCAGCGGCCUUUAACAAACAUUCAGAAUAGAGUGACAAGCUUUUUAUUACCUUUUGUUCUCUCUGAAUUGUGACAAACAUCAGAUGUCAAAAGUUUUCAUUACAAAGUUUUGCAUGCUUAACUUGAGGCAUGUAUAAUUUGAUUACCAAUUUACCAUGUACCGAAACUUGGUAAUUCUGAAGUGCUAUCUUGAGCUGCGUAUUACUUGA